CUUUCCAGGAAGUCGUGUGCAAUGUGUAUCUGUAGUGUUUUAAGCAUAGGUUUUAAGUUCUUAUUAGUUAUACAUCCAUAUUCAUCCAAGGACAAAUGGCAAUUGAAAACGAGCACACGCUUUCUUUAAAAUGUUAGACUGUUACAGGAAAUUAUAACAACUGUGUCAAGGGUUCAGACGAAGUUAAAUAACGGUAACGUUACCUGCUCCGCCGUUAAGAUACCAUGCCUGACUGGGUCAGUCUAUGUGUGGUCAUUAGCCUGUUGAUAAGUCUUGUUACAGUAGCUGGUUACAUUUUGUACUCGGGACUCCUCACAGACAUUAUCGUACUAACUGGCUCUCCUCCCGUAAAGAAGAUUACAUUCGCCUACAAAUUCAAAGAAGGACCGUACAAAAACUGCGGACAACUUUUUAAGGAGUCUCACAGUAUUGGACCAAAGCUUUCAUGUAUCGGAGUAUUUUAUGAUGACCCUAAAAAGGUCCCAGGACCACAGUGCCGCUAUGCUGUCGGCAGUAUUCUGAGCGAGGGAAAAAACCAGGCAGACGUGGAACUUUUGAAGAGCUAUGAGACAUCAGGCUUUAAUGUCUUUUCCUUUCCUGAAGUCACACACGUGGUCGCUACGUCGUUCCCCCACAGGACGCAUUUGUCUGUCAUCCUGGGAGUAAGAAGAGUUUACCCACGGCUAGAGCACUACAUCAAGGAAAGGAGGCUGUGUGCACACCCAUUCCUUCAGAUCUACAGAGAGGGUCAGAUCCAGUUCAUGGCCCCCUUGGCCCGUCAGGGAGAUUUCUACGUGCCUGAAAUCCGACCGGUAGAAAGGAGGCUGUCAGAACAAGAGGAAUUGCACAGUGACUCAGAAGUCUCAGACUCAAACAGUGAAUACAGCUCAGGGAGUGGGGUUCUCCUGUCAGACAGCAGAGGGACGUCCCUAGCAGCGUCCUCUGUCCACUCUGUGCCUAUCCAGGAUCAAGGAGAUAGAAACAACAGAGGGAGAAGCUCCAGGGGAACCUCGUUUAAAGACCUGGACUGGGAGCAGACCGGUGGACAGCAGGCAGAGAGAGAAGAGCCGCUUCAUGGAGACUCCAACCAGAAGAGCCUGGAGGCUCCCACUCAGGAGUGGUGGGGUGCCGUUGGAGGAGAGGAGUAAAAGUUCAGUGAGACACAUUAGUUGAGGAUGAAAGAGUAAAUGAUUGAAAUUCAAGAGUGUCUCACUAUGGGUCCAUGUCCAAAUGUGUAAAUAUUAAAGGACAAGGCAGGUGACAUUCUAUAUUUUGGUUAUUGUGAACAAAUCCCAUGAAAAGACCAAAACAAGCAAUGUGUUGGUCUGUUUCUUAAUACUUUCAUUCUUCCCCUUUAUGGUGCAAAGGGAUAUGCAUCAAGCUUUGGCUACACAGGCAAUACUUGUGAGUGGGGUCAAGUCAUUGCUAUUUUGGCCUUUUAUUGGAUUUGUUGAUAAUAAAAAUAUAGAAUAUAACCAGACAUAUUUUUUAGUCUUUUAAUUAUAGUUUUAGAGUUAAUGCAUUCAAAUCUGCUAGAUUUUGCUGACAGAAAACCACUUGAAAUCUGCAGAACUUAUUCAGGUAGCCUGAGUUUCUUGAAACAGUAGUGAUGUUUGUCAAAAUGAUACAAGAUGACUGAACUGAGUAUUUGUUAAAAAAAAUAAUUUUACUUGAAAGGUAUUUCAUUUGCUGUACUGAAGCUAUAACCAUUAUUUGCAUUUCUAAUAAGUUUUUGUUUGUUGGAGGAUUGUUUCACAAACAUACAGGGAAUUCUGUUCAUUUCAAAGAUACUUUUUGACAUGUUUACAAAGGGCAGUAGUUUCAUUCAUUAAUAACUGACAAAGGAUUGAAAUUAUAUGAGCACAUAGACCUCACAAAGUGAGUGACUUUUUUUAAAGAUAUUGUGUUUGACUGAAUAUUUGUGCAUCUUGUUAGAAGCGUUUUGUGUACUUUUACAAGGCUGUGUGUUGGCAUAGCUCUGUUGGUGAUGCGAGUUUUGAUAUAAAAUGUACUUCAUUUCCAAAGAGGAAGGUGUGAA